CACCCAGGGAAAAACCCCGAAACAAAUCCCAAUCCCUCUAGCGCAAUCCGGCCUGAGUCUCUUUAGUGCGUGGUGCGUCCCGCAGUCUGGGAAGUGAAGUCUAAGGAUGGUGAAACUGGGGAGCAAUUUGAAUGACAAGAACAAGCAGCAACCGUCCAAUGAGGAUGGUUUUCAGACAGUUCCUUUGAUAACACCCUUGGAAGUAAAUCACCUGCAGUUCCCAGCUCCGGAAAAGGUGAUUGUGAAAACAAGAACAGAAUAUCAACCAGACCAGAAGAACAAAGGAAAACUCAGAGUGCCUAAAAUUGCUGAAUUCACAGUCAGUUUCACUGAUGGUGUAACAGAAAGAUUAAAGGUCACAAUUCUCAUAAGUUUGGCUCUUGCGUUCCUCGCCUGCAUAGUGUUUCUUGUGGUAUACAAAGCGUUUACCUAUGACCACAGUUGCCCAGAUGGAUUUGUUUAUAAGCAUAAGCGGUGCAUCCCAGCCUCUCUGGACGCCUACUAUUCAGCUCAGGAUUCCAACUCCAGGGGAAGAUUCUACACCGUCAUUAGCCAUUACAGCAUGGCUAAGCAAACCAGCUCACGGUCCGUCUCUCCCUGGCUUUCUUCGGGAUCAGUAAAUCAUGAAGCCAAGGCUACCAAGACAGAAGGCCAUUAA